AUGGCGUCCAACACUCCCUUCUCCAAUGCAAGUCCUCACAAGUCGUCCAGCAACACCUGGCGUCCUGCCACUGGAGCAAAUCGUAUCAGCACCGGGUCCUCCACUCGCGCGCCUCUGCCGCCGCCCACGAUGGCCUUUGCCAGCACCGCGAACAACCCAACCCAGGGCGACCUCAAAGGCGACGUCGAGGUCGCCAACCCGCCCACUGACAGCGUCUCCGCUCUUCGAUUCAGCCCCACCGCCGACUAUCUCUCCGUUUCCAGCUGGGACAAUAACGUGCGCAUCUACGAGGUCAAGGAGAAUGGAUCGACCGAGGGCAAGGCCAUGUUCACACACGACGGACCAGCACUAGACACAUGCUGGAGCCCGGAUGGYACAAAAGUGUUCGGUGUCGGUGCAGACAAGGCCGGGCGCAUGCUCGAUCUGGGKGGAGAUAUUACAAAACCGACACAAGUGGCAGUACAUGACCAGCCCAUUCGCUGCGUACAGUCCUUCAACUCAAACGGGUCCCCCAUGCUCGUGACUGGAGGCUGGGACAAAAUGAUCAAGUACUGGGAUCUGCGUCAACAGACCGCCGUGGCAACGAUCGAUGCGAAGGAGCGUGUCUACUCGAUGGAUGUUCGUGGUGAUCAGAUGCUCGUCAUUGGCACCGCAGAGCGCUGGAUCCACGUUGUCGACCUCAAGAACCCCACUACAUUCUUCAAGUCCAUCCAAUCGCCCCUCAAAUGGCAAACACGCGUGGUCAGUACCUUCAGCGACGGCACCGGAUUUGCAGUUGGCAGCAUUGAAGGACGCUGUGCUAUCCAGUACAUCGACGACAAAGAUUCUGGAAACAACUUCAGCUUCAAGUGCCACCGCCAAACGCCACCAAACGACCGCAACAUCAGCAACGUCUUCGCCGUCAAUGCAAUCAGCUUCCACCCUAUCCACGGCACAUUCAGCACGGCAGGCAGCGAUGGCACAUUCCAUUUCUGGGACAAGGACGCCAAGCACAGACUGAAAGGUUACCCAGAAGUUGGUGGAACCAUCAGCGCGACAGCUUUCAACCGAUCGGGCAACAUCUUUGCUUAUGCUGUGAGCUACGACUGGAGCAAAGGCUACAACUUCAACACCCCACAGACGCCAAACAAGAUCAUGCUACAUCCUAUCGUUGGUGACGAGUGUAAGCCGCGUCCCAAAACAGGCGCCAAACGCUGA